GACACCCCGUCAUGGGGGCGGACAUGUUAAAAGUUCUGUGUCAAACAUCUGCACGGGUCGAAAUAACGCGGGCAGCGUCGUCGGGUCGGAAAUUUACAUAACUGCCGGCCCACGUUAUGCAACUGCGAGCAGCGGAAAAGGCGGCUGACGCUUCCUUGUUCAAGAGUUCGCUGGAGGAGAGCGGAGACGCGCUUAGACUAGUGCUGCAGUGCAGAAGAGAAGCGCGGAGACGGCGCGACUAGUUAAAGUGGCAGAAGAGGGCAGAGACAAGACUGGUUAAAGUGACGGAUGCGUGGACACCCGACUACUAGUUAAGGGAAGAGAGGCGAAGCAGCGCCGAGCUGUAGAAAACAAACUCCAGCGGCCGCGUGUAGCCUAGGACUAAGACUCGAGGGCUCUCGUGCCGUGCGUGGUGGUCUGCCCGGCCGUUCCGGUCGCCCGGUUGCCAUGGUAACUUUGAGGGUGGUGGCGACGGCAGCGCUGGGUCGCCGUCUGUUUGCGCCCCUGUCCUCGCAGCUCCGGUGUCCCCUGACCCUUCAGGACCCCCGGCGGCACCCGCGUUGGGUCCCGGUGAGGAGGUGCGGAGUGUCCGCCUGUUCCAGCAGAUUUGUGCUCUCUCACAUGCACCCAAUGUGGCAGGAACCACUUGCGAUCCCUGGUGGCGACCGGCAGUCCCCCAUCGACAUUGCUGUGCGCCAAAGCAUCUUUGAUCCAUGCCUUAAUCCUCUCGUCGCCAAAUAUGACCCACGGACCUGCCAGCAGAUCUGGAACAACGGCUACUCCUUCCUGGUGGAGUACGAUGACACCACAGACAAAUCCACACUGAGCGGCGGUCCCCUGGAGGGCCGGUACCGGUUAUGCCAGUUCCACUUCCACUGGGGCGAGAACAAUGCCUGGGGCUCCGAGCACACCGUGGACCACCGCUUCUACCCUGCUGAGCUCCACCUGGUCCACUGGAACGCAGACAGGUACAGCCUGUUUGAAGAGGCUGUGAUGGAGGAGAACGGACUGGCGGUCAUCGGGGUCUUCCUGAAGGUGGGGAAAAGACAUGAGGGCCUACAGAAACUGGUGGAUGCCCUUCCGGCUGUUAGACACAAGGACAGUGUGGUGGAGUUCAUGAAGUUUGACCCCAGCUGUCUCCUGCCCUCUAACACAAAGGACUACUGGACAUAUGCAGGGUCGUUGACCACACCACCGCUGACAGAGGCUGUGACCUGGAUCAUCAUGAAGCAGCCUAUUGAAGUCAGCCAUGACCAGCUGGCUGUGUUCCGGAGCCUGCUGUUUACGUCCGCUGAGGAGGAGGUGCAGAAGAGCAUGGUCAAUAACUUUCGCUCCCAGCAGCCUUUGAGAGGACGCAGAGUGCGCUCCUCUUUCUCGCCAUUCCUGGGCAAAACCCUGUCAGCUGAGGGCACCGGCGAUGCAGCACAGCAGUGACCCUGUCCGCCACACUGCCUCCGUUUGCAAAUGGAAAUGGGGUCCUUGUGGGGGACUGGAUAAAAAAAACGAAACAGAACUUCAGAGGUCCACAUCUGAUUAAGGGAGUACUCCCUAUUAAAAAAAAUAGAAAUCAGACUACACACCAGUUUUCCUCUUCAUAAGUUCCAUGUGCUGCUGUUAAUAUUUUUUUAAUCAACAAAAGUAAAACAUAUGUUUUACCAUAUAGCAGCAAUGUAUUUGGUAAUGUGUUGAUCUGUUUGCAGUACAAGUUGUAACCACAUACUGUAAUGACUCAAAUGGUGAGGAAGUAGAGUUCAUGCUCAGGACUGUUUUAGAGACCCUUGAGGUUUUUAUAUCUCGUAUCAGAUGCUUUUCUCCAAAGCAGCUUCUGUUAACCUACUACCAGUAAUUUACCCAUUUAGCUGGGUAAUUUUGCCUGGAGCAAUUUAGGGCAAGUACGUUGCUCAAGUGUACUGUAACAGGAGGCGGAGUUCAAACCUCCAAACUCCGAGUUCAAAGGCGGCAGCUCAUACUACUACGCCACCAUUUUUUAAAUACGUGAUUUACUUUAGAUUAAUAUUAAAGGUAGAAUGCCUUAAUCAAUAGAUUUCUAUCAGAUGCUGUUACACCACGCACAAUAAAUCCUUAAUUCAGUGUUGCCUACAUAUUAUGCAUAGUUCUUAAUAUUUCAUUUUCAAGGUGUAUGCAAUAAGUGAAUAUUGAAUUUCUUUUUCUUGCAUCCAAGCUCCUGCAAGGGGCAAGAUUUGUCUUGAUUUCUUGUUCUGGUCUGAGAGGAGAACACAGUGAAUGCAGAUUGAUCCUUGCCGUCGACGGUCAUCCCUCUCUGGCCAUCCUUCUGAGGCGGACCACGCUCAGCAGGCUGUUUCUGGCAUUAGGUGGAACCUUACCCAGGCGUGCUUAUUAGGUCAAAGUAUUGUGUGUUCAUGGUCACGGGUGCCAAUAACAUGUUCAGUGAUGUUCUUUGUAGCGGCAGCUGCUCUACUCAUGAGGGCUUAUUGAUUGCCAGCCAGUGUUUCAUCUAUAAUGAAUAGAAUUAUUGACCGCGCAAACUCACACGCAAGCAAUCUCAUUCCCUUUCUGGUUUCUUGGAAAAGGUAUCGGAGUGGAGAAGAGCAGCAGCUUUGCCCUUUGUUCCUUGUUUGCUCUGUCUGUUACCACAGCCUUGGUUGGUUGCACUGAGAGCCUAGAGAUACCAAGGGUUGCCUUCAUUUUUACACUUGGCCUUAGACUCUCGUGUUCUUUUGCUCAGAAUUCACUUUUGUUUCUGUUCAGUGGUUGAGAGGUUGGUACAGAGACAAGAUGAGAUGGAGAGAUGGAGCUGCUCUUCCAGCUGUGUGGUUGGCAGGAGGUACAUUUUCUGGCUUCUGAUUGGUUCCUGCUGGUCUGGAACUCCUGCACUGUUGACUUAGGAAAAAGAUGUGGGCCAAUUCCUUCUGUGUAAUUUUUUUUUCCUCUCCUCCUCACCACAGGCAGGGAGCUGGUUUAUUCUAGAUUGUGAGGGGAGGCUAGUAGAUGGUUGUCUUUGUGUAAGAAUAAUGCUUUUCUGUAAAUGCCCCCUUCAUGGCCCCUUUGCUGAAUGGACCACCUGGACCCAAGUUGGCUGCAUCGAGGAGGCAGCUUGAUGCUAAGCAGAUCCGAAAAGGCUGCUCCGGCUUUGCCAGCAGCGGAGAACCGCAGCACCAGCACACUGCAUGCGUGACUCGCGCAACCCUGUCGGUUAAAGCCUGAGGGGAUUUUCUCUGAGCUGUCUGGAGUUCAGAGGUUGUGAGUUUUAAGAUGGUUUUUCCAUUGGAUCAUUUAUAUGUUAACACCUAGCCUCAAACACAUUUACUCAAGCCAGGAAGAUGUUGGCUUUUCUUUUCCUCUUUGUUUGACUUGCUGAAUUGGAUUCAAACAAAAUUAUUGGGCCUUCAGCAUGAAAGACCUGUGUAACUGGAGAACAUUCCUGUCUUGAAUGUUUGGAGUUUUUGCAGCUUGAGUAGGUCUCAAUUGUAGCACAUUGUCAUGCUACCACCUGUCUUGAGUGUGUUGAAAAAAUACUUUUGCUGUGGGAUACAUUGGGCCUCCAGCUUACAAACAUAGCUGGGACUAGAAGUUUAAAAUU